ACCGGUGGGAGGAUCCUUCCGCUGUAGUCCGCUUCCGGUUUUAGUGUAGUCCGCUUCCUGGUCUGCUGUUCCUUCGGGGUUUGCCUGCUCAGCUUUUAUUCGUCUCAGUCAUAAGAUUUAAAGCAAAAUGUCACACCAAACGGGAAUUCAAGCGGGUAACGACUUAAAGAACGCCUUUGCCGAUGCCAGGAACGGAGACCAGUUCAGAGUCUUGAAGGUUGUCAUUGACGAUGAGCAGUUGGCUCUUGGCUGCACCAGGCAAGCCUCAAAGCAAUGGGACCAGGAGUACGAUUCCCUAGUCCUGCCACUCCUAGAAGAAGGCAUGCCCUGCUACAUUCUGUACCGGUUGGACUCCUCAAACAACCAGGGCUAUGAAUGGAUAUUACUGGCCUGGUCACCGGAACGCUCACCUGUCCGACCUAAGAUGUUGUACGCUGCAACCCGGGCCACCCUGAAGAAGGAGUUUGGGGGUGGAAUCAUCAAAGACGAGGUCUUUGGCACCACAAUGGACGAAGUCAAUCUCAGCGGCUACAAGAAGUUUCUCACCUCUCAGGCUGCUCCUCUUCCUCUGACCGCCGCUGAAGAAGAACUGAGGCAGAUUAAGCUGAGCGAGGUGCAGACCGACAUCAGCGUGGACACGAAGCAGCAGACCCUGCCCGGCGUGGCCUUCCCCAUGCACGGAGACGCCAUGGACGCCCUGCUUCGCUUCAGGAGCAAGGAGCUCAACUACGUGCAGCUCCAUAUCGAUUUUGAGAAGGAGCUGAUCAAGUUGUCUAGCACGGAGCCCACCGACGUUAAAGAGCUUCCCAGGAGGAUCUCCAAGGACUGCGCACGCUACCACUUCUUCCUGUACAAACACUCGCAUGAGGGUGACUACCUGGAAUCGACAGUGUUCAUCUACUCCAUGCCCCUGAACACGUGUACCAUCCGGGAGAGGAUGCUGUACUCCAGCUGCAAGAACCCCCUGGUGGACAUGGUGGAGAACCAGAUGCAGAUGGAGAUCGAGAAGAAGCUGGAGAUUGACAAUGGUGACGAGCUGACCGCUGACUUCCUGUACGAAGAGGUCCACCCCAAGCAGCAUGCACACAAGCAGGCCUUCGCCAAGCCCAAGGGCCCUACAGGCAAGAGGGGGGCCCGACGCAUCACAAAGCCAGCCACGGAGGGCGGGGAAGAUGACUAACUAGCCUACAAACCCCCCCCCAAGUGCUCCAUAGUGGAACAUUCCGAGAGUAAGGGCAAAAUUACAUUCAACACACUUUUUUUGUAAUAAUUAAAACAGCAAACAUCAUCGACCUCAAAUGUGAUAAAGAUAUAGAUUUAUAUCUAUGUCUAUAUAUAUAUAUAUAUAUAUAUAUAUAUAUAAAAAAAACAUUCACUGAGAGACUGUUCUAUGCACACCAAGAUGAGCUGAGCCAAUUACUCUGUUCCCCGCUUCGGUUGAGGCAUGAAUUCAGAUAUAACGUUGAGUUACUGCAAGAACUUCUUGAAUAUUAACAGAGGCUGGAAAAAGUGCUCUUUUUGUGACGUUGCCACAUCGUAUGCCAGCUUGCACAAAAAUAAAAAAUAAAGAGAAUUGGUGCCAAUAAUAUAUAGAUAAAAAACACUUCCCCUUAUCCGCCAGUAUGCUUGAAUUCCUAACUUGCAUUCCAUUGCGUGGCAUUCAUGUUAUAUGACUGCAAAAAAGACUCGCAAAGGGUCUUGAAAUAGCGUGCACAAUUUACUCGAUGUUUCCACUUUGUCCUGUAUUCAGUUUUUUUAAACUGUUUUUAUACAACAGGUUUACACGGGGAACAAACAAAAAAUAAUACACAUCUGCUGAAAAGCAUAUUUUUCUAUGCAAGUGCUGUAAAUGUACAUAAUGUAGCCGUGUGUGAUCCGUGAUCUAGAAAAUCUUGUCUAUGUGCUGGUGAUUUGUAGGUGUCGAUAGAGAAUGAGUGGAGGGGGUUAGUAGUAGAUGCUUCCAAAAAUAAUAUCCUGCAAUACAUCCAGGAGCAAGCUGCCCAUUGCAGAGUGAAGUCCUACCAAACUUUAAGCCACUGGGUGUGAUGUCCAUUAGCCAUUUUAAAAUCGUCCCUCUAGUGACCUCACUGGUGGGUUUGACUUGGCCAAUACAGAUCAACACCGGUGGUGCAAAGAGGGGCCCUUCUUAAAGAGAAAAGGGAAAGUUCCUUGUGCUAAAUGUGUGUCACUAUCCCGCUUGUCUACAAACGAUAUCUUUGUUCACCUCUUGCUUGAAGGGGGGAAGAUGUUACCCUUUUUAUUCAUAGAAUGAAUACAAUAGGAAAAAUAAAUUAUCAUCAUGUGGUCUUAAUCGUUUUCUUACCAUAGAUCUUUUAAAGAAAGAAAAUAUUUAAUUUACAUCACCUUUUUCUCUUUUUAUUUCCAUUGUGGGCACAUAGAAUGUAUUGCAUUUUAAGUGUUCAGUUAAAGCUUAAACUGUAUUGCAAUAAUUGAUUUUUAUUUCCCUUUUUUCAAUCGUUACAUCUUAUUUGUAACUUGAUUUGAUAAAAUUCCUUUUAUAUCUUGAACCACUCCAAUGUAUGACAGUUCAAUGUAUUGUGUAAAUUUAAUAAAACAUUUAGUAAAAACAAA